AUGGUCCGGAUACUUCUCAAAGCAGGAGCCGAUGCAAACGCAAUAGAUAGUACCUAUACCUGUUCUCCUUUCUAUUUGGCUUGUGCGAAUGGAUAUACAGAAAUUGUGGCACUACUCUUGGAUCAUCCCGGUGUGGACGUGAAUGCACACGGAGGAUUUUGUCGAACUCCCCUACUUUGGGCGUCCAACUGGGGCUACCACGAAGUGGUCCAGUUGUUGCUUCGGGACAAGCGAGUGGACCUCAACACUACCGACGACUGGGGAAGAACGCCCUUGCUGGCGGCCUGCGGCUGUGGCUGGGCAGAGGAUGGCAGGAGUGGGGACAAGGUGGCUCAGUUGUUGCUGCACCAUGCUGGAGUCGAUCUCAAUAGAGCCGACAACCUCGGCAGGACGCCCUUGCACGUCGCGUGUCAAAAGCCGCUCAGUCAUCCUAAUUAUUGCCAGCCUCUUGCCUUUCGCUCCAACCUGGUUCGUGCCUUGGUCGACGCUGGUGCCGAUAUGUCUGUGGUGGACCUUGAGGGCAACACGGCACUUGCGUGUGCUUGUGACCAUGAGGAAUUGACCCUUCCAGACUAUAUCUUUUUGCUGGGUCACACACCCGCAGAGUCGACGACUGAACACGACAUGCUGGAAUGUGUACAUAAGCUCAUUCAAAAGGAUCCUCAAGCUCUUGUUCAAAGGGACCCUGAAACUAUGCUUCUUCCAUUUAUGGCAGCUGCUGGCCUACAGGAGCUCGAUUUGACUUACGCGAUUCUCCGAGGAGAGCCAACUGUCCUGGAAAGUGGAAUAUCAUAA